GCUUCAUCUUCUUACAUUGCUGAAUGCUGAAUGCUGAGUGGUGAAUGGUGAGUUGAGUCAACUGAAGAAUCAGAGUGGUCUUUAAUCAAAAAUGCUGUCGCCGGAGCUCCAGCCCCGCUCAUUCCGCCCCCACAUAUCAUUGUCCUCCUCCACCAGUGCUCCUUCUUUCUCUCCCUCUUCCUCUUCCUCUCACUCUAGACCUAACCCUAACAACACUACCGAUUCCCAGUACCAUGGCAUCAGCAACAGCAACAGCAACACCAACGAGUUCCCCUCCUCCAGAUCCCUCAAAAACCCCUCCGCUUUCGCCUAUAAUUACCGGAUCGCCAUCGCCCUCAUCCCCUCCGCCGCCUUCCUCCUCGACCUCGGCGGUACCACCGUCGUCGCCACCCUCGUCGUCGGCCUCAUGAUCUCUUACAUCCUCGACUCCCUUAACUUGAAGCCAGCUGCGUUCUUCGGCGUCUGGUUCUCACUCAUCUUCGCUCAAUUGGCCUUCUUCUUCACCGCCUCCUCCUCCCUCUUCGCCGCCUUCAACUCCUCCGUCUCCCUCGCCGUCCUCGCCGCCUUCUUCUGCGCCCACACCAACUUCCUCGUCGGCGUAUGGUCCUCCCUCCAGUUCAAAUGGCUCCUCAUGGAGAACCCUUCCGUCGUCGUCGCCCUCGAGCGCCUCCUCUUCGCAUGCCUCCCGAUCACCGCCUCCUCACUCUUCGCCUGGGCUGCCAUCGCCGCCGUUGGAAUCAACAACGCCGCGUACUAUCUGAUGGCCUUCAAUUGCUUCUUCUAUUGGGUCUAUUCAAUCCCUCGUGUGUCCUCCUUCAAGGCCAAGCAAGAAGCUAGGUACCAUGGAGGAGAGGCUCCCCAAGAUAGCUUCAUCUUGGGUCCACUUGAGAGUUGUCUACACACACUUAAUUUGCUCUUCGUUCCUCUCUUGUUUCAUAUUGCGUCACAUUACUCGGUUGUUUUCUCUUCCGCUGCUUCCUUCUGUGACUUGCUUCUACUCUUCUUCAUCCCCUUCCUGUUUCAGCUUUACGCAUCCACGAGGGGCGCGCUCUGGUGGGUCACUAAAAACCCUAGCCAGCUUCACAGCAUUCGAGUCGUCAAUGGUGCGGUUGCCUUGGUUUUCGUGGUGAUUGCCUUGGAAAUCAGGGUUGUUUUUCAUUCCUUUGGGAGGUAUGUUCAGGUGCCGCCGCCGCUGAAUUAUGUUCUUGUUACUAUAACUAUGCUUGGAGGGGCUGCUGCUGCUGGUUCUUACGCCAUGGGUAUGGUUUCCGACGCCCUCAGCUCCGUCGCUUUCACUACUUCGGCUAUAGUAGUCAGUGCCGCCGGAGCAGUUGUCGUGGGGUUUCCCAUACUGUUCCUUCCUUUGCCUUCAGUUGCUGGCUUUUAUUUGGCUCGAUUUUUUGAAAAGAGGAGUAUAGCAUCAUACUUUGCCUUUGUUGUUCUUGGGAGCUUGAUGGUUACAUGGUUUGUGCUGCACAACUUCUGGGAUUUAAAUAUUUGGUUGGCAGGCAUGUCCCUUAAAUCUUUUUGUAAACUCAUAGUAGCAAAUGCUGUCCUGGCUAUGGCUAUUCCUGGUUUAGCUCUUCUACCUUCAAAGUUAAAUAUUUUAUCUGAGAUUGGUCUGAUAAGCCAUGCAUUGCUCUUAUGCUAUAUUGAGAACCGGUUUUUCAGUUACUCCAGCAUUUACUAUUAUGGAUUUGAGGAUGAAGUAAUGUAUCCUAGCUACAUGGUUGUGAUGACAACUUUAUUGGGUUUGGCUUUGGUGAGAAGGCUAUCUGUGGAUCAUCGGAUUGGAGGAAAAGCAGUUUGGAUUUUGACUUGCCUCUAUUCUUCGAAGCUUGCCAUGUUGUUUAUUGCAUCAAAGUCUGUUGUAUGGGUUUCAGCUGUUCUCUUAUUGGCUGUUUCUCCUCCAUUGCUUCUUUACAGAUUUUGUAGGGAUAGAUCGAAAACAUUGUCUAGGAUGAAACAAUGGCAAGGUUAUGCGCAUGCCUGUGUAGUUGCCUUAUCUGUAUGGUUUUGCCGUGAAACAAUUUUUGAAGCCCUCCAGUGGUGGAACGGAAGGUCUCCUUCAGAUGGUUUAAUUUUGGGCUUCUGUAUUCUGUUGACGGGAAUGGCUUGUAUUCCAAUUGUUGCUAUUCAUUUCUCUCAUGUUUUGUCUGCCAAAAGAUGUCUAGUGCUGGUAGUGGCAACUGGUCUACUUUUUAUUUUGAUGCAGCCACCUCUUCCCAUGUCGUUGACUUACCAGUCGGACCUAAUCAAGACGGCCCGUCACUCUGCUGAUGAUAUCUCAAUUUAUGGCUAUAUAGCUGGGAAGCCUACCUGGCCUUCUUGGCUGCUUAUUAUUGCAACUUUGCUGACUCUGGCGUCUAUCACAUCUAUCAUACCCAUUAAAUACAUUGUUGAAUUAAGGACAUUUUACUCCGUUGCUAUGGGGGUGGCCCUUGGUAUCUACAUUUCUGCUGAAUACUUUCUCUGGGCAGGCGUUCUGCAUGUUCUCAUUGUUGUCACCAUGGUUUGCGCCUCUGUUUUUGUUGUCUUCACUCAUCUGCCCUCUGCUUCAAGCACAAAGCUUUUACCCUGGGUAUUUGCUCUGCUCGUGGCUCUCUUUCCAGUUACUUAUCUUUUGGAGGGCCAACUUAGAAUUAAAAAUAUUCUUGAAGAUAGUGAGAUAGGAAAUUUGGGUGAGGAAGAGAAGAAGCUUACAACAUUGUUAGCUAUUGAGGGUGCCAGGACAUCUCUUCUUGGUUUGUAUGCGGCAAUCUUUAUGCUUAUAGCCUUGGAGAUAAAAUAUAAACUUGCUUCAAUUUUGCGGGAAAAGGUUAUUGAUUCGGGUGGAAUUAGACAUAAUCAUUCUGGUCAAACUGUAUCCGCUAGUUCCCUGCCAAGAGUGAGAUUCAUGCAGCGAAGUCGGGCUUCUACUGUUCCCUCCUUUACAAUAAAGAGGAUGGCUGCUGAUGGAGCCUGGAUGCCUGCGGUUGGCAACGUUGCUACAAUAAUGUGCUUUGCUAUAUGCUUAGUCCUGAAUAUUAACCUUACUGGUGGUUCAAACCGUGCUAUAUUUUUCCUGGCUCCUAUCCUGCUGCUGCUUAAUCAGGAUUCGGAUUUUGUUGCUGGUUUUGGGGACAAACACAGAUAUUUUCCUGUGACUGUUGUCAUCUCAGCCUACUUCGUUUUAACUGCCCUCUACAGCAUAUGGGAAGAUGUUUGGCAUGGUAAUACUGGAUGGGGUCUUCAAAUCGGUGGGCCAGACUGGAUUUUUGUUGUGAAGAAUUUGGCCCUUCUCAUUCUAACGUUUCCAAGUCAUAUACUUUUCAACAGGUAUGUAUGGGGCUAUACGAAGCAGAGUGACUCACCCCCAUGGAUAACCUUGCCUCUUAAUCUGCUUCCUAUUGCAUGUACAGAUGUUCUCAAGAUUAGGAUCUUGGGUAUAUUAGGAGUUAUAUAUUCCGUGGCCCAGUAUCUAAUUACUAGGCAACAAUAUAUAUCUGGUCUAAAGUACAUCUAAACCAGCACAUAAUCUGUACGAUAUGUUUUGUCAAUUUAGGUAUUCAUGUUUGUGCUUGUCUUGCCUAAAUUUGUAUGAGGAAAAUUGUGAAAUGCAUUUUUGUUAUUGCUAAUUGUCAUUUAACCCAU